AACAGGUGUGCAUGGUUCACACUGUGACAGCUGCACACACUCACGGAUUUCACCUGAUCUCCAGAGCAUUUGGGAGUUUGAUUAGGGUGAAACAAUGGCCAACUUUGGAGGACAUGCCAUUCCCGGCACGUUUUUCCUGUUUUAUGGCUUUUGGCUGACAGUGAAACACACUCUCCAACAAAACUGGAGGAAGAGUCAGCCCAACGGAAGACAGAACAUGCCACCUUUAUUUAAAAAAAUGGACUACAUCGAGGGAGGAUUCAAAAUAUUUGCUUCAUUUGUGGGUAUUAUGGUGGAACAGUUUGUGGUGGAUGGGCCACACGCCCACCUGUUAAACACAGACAACAAGUCGUGGGUGAAGCUGAUGAACUGGCAGCACAGCACCAUGUAUCUGUUCUUUGGGAUCUCAGGGAUAGCAUUGGUCAUUAGCACCAAAUCCAAACAGGCGCCACUUGGCGUUGACCGCCUUGCUCUCUCCAUGGCUCUUUUUGUAGAAGGGUUUCUGUUCUAUUACCAUGUGCACAGUCGUCCCCCUCUGGACAGCCACAUCCACUCCCUGCUGCUCGUGGCUGUGUUUGGUGGAUCGGCUAGUACCAUGUUGGAGGUGUUCAUGAGAGACAACUUUAUUUUGGAGUUGCUCAGGGGGUGUCUGUUCAUCCUGCAGGGCUCAUGGUUCUUCCAGAUUGGAUUUGUUCUUUAUCCUUUAAACGGAGUUGAGUGGGACUUGACCUUGCACGACAACAUCAUGUUUAUCACAAUGUGCUUCUGCUGGCAUUUAGCUGUCGCCCUUGUUUUGGUCACCUGCACAGUGUGUGUGGUUUGUUGCACAGUAAAGAGAUUCUCAGGAAGGGCACAAGACAUAGAAAUUGGAAUGAGAAACACAUCCUCAGAGACAAGUUGCCAGAAAGCUUUGCUUGAAGAGUCUGAUGAAGAGUGAAGGCUGUGUUUUGGUUCUUUCAAUUUUUAUUUCCUUUUCUAUGUUUAUGGUCUGUGUGUAUCUCAAGCUGCUGUUUGCACAGUGUAAUUUAGAUUUUUGUUUAAAUUUUUUUUUUAUGAAAAAACAAACAAAUCUAUCUGUUAUUAUGGUUUAUUCAACAACUGGUAAGAGAACUAAUGAUGUAUUAACAGUCAAAUAAGAAAAUAUGAGCCCAACUCA